GAGCCAUCAGGAAGUGAAUGUCUCAGGGAAGAAAAUCUAGACCGUGUUUCGCCAUGUUUCCGUUGCACCGUUUCUAAAGUCACUUGUUUUUACAUUAGACAGACACGUAUCAUAUUGAUAGAAGCUAUUUUUUUGAGGGGGGGGCAUACGGCGAGUCCGGCUUGACCGCUAGCUGGCUUACACCGGGUACGCUAAUGCUGGCUAGCUUUAGCAAGCUGAUAGUACAGCAAAUUAAGAUAAGAACAGUACUGAAAUGAGCGAGAAAGGGAGUCAGCAAAAUGAGCCUACAUUCUUCUGAUCGCCGAGUUUAACAGUUGUUCGGUGUUGCAAUGAGGUGGUCCGGAGUUCAGCUCUGACCGCUCCGGGCCAUGAACUCCGUUUCCCCCAACGCGGUGCAGUACACGGGCGGAGCGAUGCACAGUGAACUGGCGGAGGGCCGCAGGCAGCCGGCCCCGGCGCAGCAGGGCGGCUUUGGACUCAGACCUCCGCAGAGUCGAGAUCACAGCAGAGAAACAAGCGAAGAGCCCGAGGAGAUUGAUAAACUCAAAGCCAAAUUAAUGUCAGCAUGGAACAACGUCAAAUAUGGUUGGACUGUGAAAUCAAAGACGUCCUUUAACAAGAUCUCACCAGUCACGGUCCUGGGACACUCCUAUCUGCUCAACAGUGAAGAGCAAGUGGAGCGCUUCCGCCUGGCUUUCGUGUCCAGGCUGUGGCUGACCUACAGACGGGAGUUCCCUCAGUUGGAGGGCUCCAGCUGGACCACCGACUGCGGCUGGGGCUGCAUGCUGCGCAGCGGCCAGAUGCUGCUGGCUCAGGGCCUGCUGGCUCAUCUGAUGCCCCGAGAGUGGACUUGGCCAGACGCUCAGCAGUUGACGGACGUGGACUUUGAAGUGUUGCGAAUACGCUCGCCGGUGCGUGUCGGCGGGGUGCCCAUCCCGUCUUUCGGCUCCCCACGGGGGUCCGGCACCCCUGAGAAGACGCCGCCAAGCCAUCUGACGCCUAAUAGUAGCCAGAAGAAGAGGUUUGAGUCUUCACGGGAUCGACAAGCCGAACCCGUCCACCAAAAACUGCUCACCUGGUUCGGCGAUCAACCGCCAACACCUUUUGGGGUGCACCAGCUGGUGGCAAUUGGCAGGAGUUCUGGAAAAAAGGCUGGGGACUGGUACGGCCCGUCCGUAGUGGCACACAUACUGCGGAAAGCUGUGGCUAAAAGUACUGUUGUUCACAACCUGGCUGUUUAUGUAGCUCAGGAUUGCACAGUGUACAAGGAGGACGUUGCCCGUCUGUGUGAGCUGUCAUUCAGCCACACUCCGCCAGAACCUGACAACCAAGCCUGUAAGUCAGUCAUCAUCCUGGUGCCCGUCCGGCUGGGCGGGGAGGCCCUCAACCCGUCUUACAUUGAAUGUGUCAAGAACAUCCUAAAGCUGGAAUGUUGUAUUGGGAUCAUUGGAGGCAAACCUAAGCACUCACUCUACUUUGUUGGCUUCCAAGACGAGCAUCUGCUGUAUUUGGACCCUCACUACUGCCAACCUGUGGUGGACGUCACUCAAGUCAACUUCCCACUUGAGUCUUUCCACUGUAGUUCUCCCAAAAAGAUGCCCUUCACUCGAAUGGAUCCCAGCUGCACCAUCGGCUUUUAUGCCAGGAACAAGAAAGACUUUGAAUCAUUAUGUUCUGCUGUCAGUUUGGCCCUGUCGUCCUCUGUGGAGAAGUACCCCAUCUUCACCUUCAUGGAGGGCCAGAGUCAGGACUAUGGACUUGAGGCGCAUAGCAGUAACCACACUGGCCCCGCGCCACACAUCAUGCCUCCGGGCAAGCCCGCCCGGGUUAAUAACAGACGACACAGUGACGAGUUUGUUUUCCUGUGAGACCGGUGGUGGGGAAGACAGUGGGUCUGUUUUUCUGGCGCAGCCUGACCUGCAAGCAAAAACUUACUUCCCAACAUGGGUUUUAUAAACUAACAUCAAUCGUAUUUGUCCUUCACAACAGACACCACUGGAUGAUAAGUUUAAAACAAACCCUGACGGGCCUCAAAAUCUCAUAGUCUGUCACAUUUCCUUGGUGAGGGACAAGAAGUGUUGUCUCUGUGUGUGCUUGUGUGUGUCUCCUUUACAUUUGUAAUUUUGUUGACUAUUUAUCAGGUGUGUGAGUGUGCAUGUAUAUUUUGGCUGACGUGAGUGCCACCCGUUGUCACACUGAAGGUAAGACGUCUCGAACUGCUGUACAGUCACGUUAGUCGUGUCGUUGCUCGUCAAAAAAGCGCACCUGUGAUCGCAUUCCUCAUCUGCCGCUCUUUAUUUCACAUAAGGGUCGCACGUGAUUACACUGCGACUGAUGAUGGAACACCCGAUUUGACUUUCCAAUUCUGGCUUGCAGUUGUACUCGUGUCACGCUUUGUUGACGGGGACUGCUCAUGAUCAUGUCAUCUCGUCUUUGUUCAUAUAUGAAGUCUAGCUACUGUUGCAGGUUGCACCGCUACUGCUAUUUGUUGUCCUCAUGAAGCUGAACACACUGGAAUCACUUCCUCUGUAUGUUUCCCAUUUCUGCUGAUUCUCACUUGGCAACACUGACUGAAAAAAAUACUGCGAUACGUUGGUAGUUUUGUUUCAGAAGAUUCCAUGUUAAAACUGAAAUGAAAGGUAAUGGAUAAGAUAAUACAUGACAAAUGAUUGUACAUUAAAAGUUGUGUCAGUUUAGAUGUAAAACGUAUUUUGCUGUCAUUACAUUUUACCUGCAUUGCA